AUGAAAAGGCCAGAGGCAUACAGGAAGCCGUCCGUGAUCGAUGGCUACGAGAGAAAUGUAAAGCUCAGUAUUCAAUUGUGCCACUGGAUUUUAAAACCGUUGGGGGUCUGGCCAAGAUCGACCAACCUAACCGUAGCACAGAUAUGGUUAUACCAGUUGAUAAACGUAUUGUGCUAUGCAUUCAUCAGUUUUUUGUUAGUACCGUGCAGUUUGUACGUGAUCCUGGAAGUUGAGGACGUUUACAACCAGAUCAAAUUUUUCGGGCCAUCGAGUUUCUGCAUGAUGGCGAUCAUGAAGUAUUAUUUAAUGAUUCUUCACGAGAACGACAUACGCGAUUGUAUCCAACGCAUCGAAUUGGACUGGAAGAACAUCAGUCACGAUGAUGAUAAGAAAAUCAUGGUAGAGAAGGCGAAAUUUGGAAGACAACUUAUAGCUCUUUGCACCUUCUUUAUGUACAGCGGUUUCGCGUUCUAUUAUAUCGUCUUACCGAUCAGUGUUGGUAAAAUACAAGCUGCGGAUGCAAAUCUGACCUUCAUGCCUCUGGUAUUUCCAUUUUCGAAGCUGAUAAUAGAUACGAGAUACAGUCCGACGAACGAGAUCGUCUUCUUUCUUCAGUUGAUAGGCGGUGCUGUGAUGCACGGCGUCACGUCAGCCGCUUGCGGGUUAGCUGCCAUGCUUGCUGUUCACGCUUGCGGACAGAUGGAGGUUUUGAUGAACUGGCUGAAACAUUUGGUCGACGGUAGAUCAGAUAUGGGUGACACUGUGGACGCCAGGAUUGCCAGCGUCGUGAGUCAACAUGUUCGAAUUCUGAAAUUCCUAGAGCUGACAGAGAAAAUACUUCGGCACAUAUCCCUGGUGGAGUUCCUGGGUUGUACAUUAAAUUUAUGUCUGCUUAGUUAUUACGUUCUUAUGGAAUGGGGUACGAACGAUAUCAUGAGCUCUGCGACGUACGCUGUUCUUCUUAUGUCUCUUACCUUCAAUAUAUUCAUAUUUUGUUACAUAGGAGAGCUUGUUGCUGAGGAGUGUAGAAAAAUUGGUGAGAUGUCGUACAUGAUCGACUGGUAUCGAUUACCAGGGAAGAGGAAACUCAGCGUCAUUCUGAUGAUUGAAAUGUCAAAUUCGUCGAUUAAAUUAACAGCAGGAAACAUCGUUAUAUUAUCUUACAGCAAGUUCGGUGAUGUUGUUAAAACUGCGGUCGCCUUUCUGAACGUGUUACGGACGGUAACUUGAACAUUCUUUAAAAUAACGAUAUGAAGAUUUGUUG